AUGAACUACACAAGGGGCGAGGAAGAGCGCCUCGAUGAAGCCAUCCGCAGCAUUGCCGAGUCGGGCGCCAAGGUCGUCAUUGCCGGCGGCUCGAUCUCGGAGAUGGCGCUGCACUUUCUCGAAAAGUACAAGCUCCUCUCGAUCCGUAUCCAGAGCAAGUGGGAGCUGCGCCGCCUCUGCCGCGCGGUCAACGCGACGGCCCUUGUGCGCCUCGGCGCGCCGACGCCCGAAGAGAUGGGCUUUUGCGACUUCGUCGGCGUCCACGAAAUCGGCGGCAAGAAGAUCACCAUCUUCCGCCAGGACGAAGAGGACGCCAAGAUGUCGACGAUCAUCCUCCGCGCGUCGACCGACAACGUGCUGAACGACCUCGAGCGUGCGAUCGACGACGGUGUCAACACGGUCAAGGCCGCGUGCAAGGACACGCGGUUCGUCGCCGGCGGUGGCGCGACCGAAAUCGAGAUUGCGCGUCAGAUUGAAGCGUAUGGCAACACGACGCCGGGCCUCGACCAGUACGCGAUCAAGAAGUUUGCCGAGGCGCUCGAAAUUGUGCCCCGGACGCUGGCUGAGAACGCCGGUCAGAUGGCGACGCAGGUCAUCUCGAGCUUGUACGCGGCCCACGGCGCGGGCAAGGCCAACGCCGGCGUCGAUGUCGAGUGCGAAAGCGAGACGGGCGUCGUUGACAACAUGCUCAGCGCCAAGGUCCUCGACCAUUUGGAGACGAAGAAGUCGGCGCUGCGUCUCGGCGCGGACGUGGCCAUCACGGUCCUCCGAGUAGACCAGAUUAUUAUGGCCAAGGCGGCCGGCGGUCCCAAGCCGCGUGGCAUGUAA